AUGUCAUCCAGACAAAACAGAGACGAGCCAGGCAAGCUCAAAGUGCCCGACCCGAGCACGCUGGCGGACUGCAUGCAGGUGCAAAUUAGAUACGUCUGUGGCCACUCCGUUGGUGGGGAGUUUAUCAAAUGUCCCCAACACAUGCGAACCGAAGAUGAACGCUGUUCAAGCCGGAUGAUUCUACAUGUCGAUGGAAAGAUCUCGUCGCACAAGUGCCGGGCUUGUUUGCGCAGUGAGUGA